UCUUGUUGUUGAAAUUUAAAUGUACUAUGUGUGCUGCAAAGAAUAAAGAGUCAGAUGCCUGGUUUAUUUUUGCUGAACUUUAUUUUUACUUUGUUCAAAUGUUCUUAUCUUUCCUUCCUUUUCUCUCUGUUUUCUCCUGCCUUUGGUUUGUUUGCAAAAUGGCCAAAGUUGGGAAGGUGCGAAAGUCUAAUUCACAGCAUCUGAGGUUGAAUCCUUAUCCAUUAAGCUCUUGCUCAAAAAAUGCUGUUAAGGGAGGUCAGAAGAAAGGAAGAUGCUUCAAAGCUUUGGAGAAGAAAGAUUGGGAAGGUGCAACAUGCCCUGUUUGUCUAGAGUUCCCUCACAAUGCUGUUGUUCUCCUUUGUGCCUCUUAUCACAAGGGUUGCCGCCCUUACAUGUGCACAACUAGUAGACGUUUUUCCAAUUGUCUUGAACAAUACAAGAAAGCUUACGCAGAAGUUACUUCAAUGAACAAUGGGUCAGUGGAUUUUUUAGGUGCGGUUGAGACUGAUAAGAAGCUAUAAGUGCCAGAGCUCUUAUGUCCACUAUGUCGUGGACAGAUCGAGGGUUGGGCGGUGGUUGAACCAGCCCGAAAAUAUUUAAACAGAAAAAGAAGAACCUGUAUGCAGGAGUAAACAAUUAACUGAGCCAUCAAUCCUUGAAGCAUUGCCAACCAUGCGUUAGUCUUCUCAACAUACGCUUCAAUUUUCUCUGCAACCAAACAAAAUAUAUAACCAAGACAACUAUGCUUGAAGAAAAGAAAGAGACAUAAAGAGAGGUAGACAAA